AUGACGAGUAAAAGUAGUGGGGGUGAAGAAGAUGGGGGCAUCCGUAACGGUCAAGCCUCUUCGGACUUUCCCACUCUCACAGAGGCUGCAACGGUUGUUUUAACUGAGGAAGAACUGCUAAAUCUUCGGCGUAAUCUCACAGAGGAAAAGAUUGCACAUGCCAAGUAUUUGCGAUCUCAUCCAGAGAUUGAUGCCAUCAUGCGGUGUGCAAUGCAAAUGCUCAUCAUGCAGCGCCCCGAUGACCCUGUGAGUGAUCUACUAGAGUUCUUUGCUAACACUGACCUAAAGGCUGUUCUACAGGCAAAGGAGGAGGAGCGUGUACGCAAGGAGGCCCUUGUAAAACAGCAACAUGAAGUUAUGCGUGCAUUGCCUCCAUGA